CCCUGCUCACAACACGACCACCACCUCCUCCCAUAAAUCCAACUAACUCGCUCUCCUCACCUGUGCCACGGCUGGACUCGUUCUCCUCCAGCUCAUCAUCUCGCCAAUAAUAUUACAUCGCCCCCACACUCUCGUCCCUUCUCAUUACCUCCGAAAGAGAGGAAGAAAGGGUGGGGAGAUCAUAAAGCACGGAAAUAAUUGGGCUGCUGCCUCCCAGUCUUGUCAGUCGUCCGACGUUGGGAGAGAGACAAGUGGUCAUCAUAAAAUAGACUGGGAAAGUCGAUACUCUUCAGCGUUGUUGGGGGCGACUUGAGACAACGACUGGACGGAGCUCACUUUCUCCUCUUGCCAACCAACAUGAGACGUGAACCAGUGUGCAAAAUGUGAGAAAGUUGAAGCCUCUCGAACAUUUUAUGUUUCUUUCUUCUGGUUUUCAUUGACGCUUUGUACAUAUUGCGAGGCAUUAGCGGUGCAUGCACUUUAUGAUUUGCACCUUAUUCAGAACACGUUGUUUGUGACCUAACAAAGUGCUACUGGGAGAAAACAUUGGUGGAUAUUCGCUCACCUCCUUCUUUUUCGGAAGCAUUUGCCAGACUUGACUGUGACGGAGCGAGGAGUGUAAUUUAGCUAGCUUGGACUAGAGACUCGUCUGUCCUGCACUUUGUUGGCGUUAUUGAGUGCAAACAGGGAGGGAGGAUGAGCUGCUGCGAUGAGGAGAAAGUCAGCACCACUGGAGAAGAGUCUUCCUUGCUGGGAUAUUGCCAUUUAUUUAUUUAAAAGCUACUCAGCCUUGGUCUUGAUUUCCCCAAUUACGUGGCCAGCACUGGCAGCAGCAACCAAAGCUCCCCCAGAGCCUCAACCUCAAAGUAAAACGGAUGCGACACAAAAUCGGCUUAUACUUAAAGAUGAUGGGAACACAUCGUCCCACGUUGCACGCUCAUCUGCAUUAUCUCGGAAAAGCUCCAUGUGCCACUAAAUCCACAUUAGAUUACGGAAUUUAAUCAAACUGAAUUCAACCCACUUCCACCCAGGAAUGGCACCAAAUUCCAACGGAGAACACAUUCAGACGGCGCGUUUGAUAUGAACAAAUCCGUGUGUACCUCGUCGUCCUCUCGUCUCGCGUAUCUUUCACCUGUAAAGCCAAGCAAGGCAAUCAUUCGCCAGCCAACAAGAGCAGCCACAAAAAUCACUUAGUAAUCCACGAGAUCAAGUGAUGAGAUCAUGCCCCGAGUCCGCCUCGAUUGUCUGACGGUCAACUUCAACUCGACGUGGGAAAUUUCCAGCAAUCAGGAACGAUGAGCGAAGAAGAUGCUGCUUGUUUCGUCACCCCUUCUUCGUCAUGGCCACCUGCUACGCGACGCAUCUUCACCGACGCGUAGGAAUGCUCUCGUCCUGACUCCAGUGACUGGACAUCCGUCUCCACCAGGUUACGAGUGUCUGGGGAUCAAGGUGCGAAUGACUUGCUCGAGAGAAGCAGACCCAUCGUCGUGUAUCUGUCCGACUGACUUGUGGGCGCAGACAGUGGUGGGCGUGGUGGUCUUGUGGGGAGAAAAUGUGCACCACAGCUCUUCCUCUGCCGCCAUCACGUACCUGGGAGAAAGUGAACUCUAAACAAUAGGUUAUCUAGUAGGGAAGGAGAGAGAAACAGUGAGCUGGACGGUUUUUGGAUGAGUGCAUGUGAGGAAAAGUGUGGAUCCGACCAGGGCACGAGAAGCCGACAGCAGCAGAGAGCCUGACUCCAAGACGAGGAGCAGCAGAAGGAAGAAAGGAUGGAGGCAGAGGGGUUUGGAUACAGCGAGAGAAACUCCUCUGGGAAUUACACACCGAUUUAUACAAUUUCUCACCAUUUUAUUAAGAACUGGAACACCCGACGUCAAAUCCAAAGGUUGUGCAAGGACCCUCAGUUUGCGGUGGAAUGUAACUUUCUGAACGCGACUGGGGCAUUUGGCUCGGACUACAACAGCACGUACCCAUUAGCACCACCCGACGACACGGGCACUUUGUUUAGCAAUGCAACCGACCCAACAACCCCAGUUCUUCCACCCUUUGAAACAUGGCAGUCCGUAACGAUCGCAUUUUUCAUGAUCAUCUGCAUCUUGGCCACAAUUUUUGGCAACAUUUUGGUCCUCCUCGCCUUCAUUGUGGAUCGAGGGAUUCGCCAGCCCUCCAACUACCCCAUCGCCUCUCUCGCCGCCACGGACCUCCUCAUCGGAAGCGUCUCCAUGCCCUUCUACUUGGUGUAUGUGCUUCAAGGGAAGUGGAUUCUGGGGCCGAUGAUUUGCGACUUGUGGCUCUCGAUUGACUACACGGUUUGUCUCGUCUCGCAGUACACCGUGCUCCUCAUCACCAUCGACCGCUUCUGCUCUGUCAAAAUCGCCGCAAAGUACAGGUCAUGGCGCACCAAGAACCGUGUAAUCUUUAUGGUCGUGAUAACCUGGGUGAUUCCGGCCCUCCUCUUUUUCACCUCAAUCUUUGGGUGGGAACAUUGGAAGGGAUUUCGCGACUUGGAGGAUGGCGAGUGUGCAGUGCAGUUCUUAAAGGACCCCUGGUUCAACACGCUGCUGAUCAUCGGGUACUACUGGACGACGCUGGUGGUGCUGUUCGUGCUGUACGCGGGGAUUUACAAGACGGCGUGGCAGAUGCAGCAAAAGUCAGAGGACAAGCGAAAGAGGAUGCAGGACAUGGUAAAAAUGACAGCCGGAGGGUUGGCAGGUGUGGCUGGGAAGACGGCUGGGAUCCAACCCGUCCCGGUCAUCGCUGCUGGAGGGACGAACAACAACAGCAUCCGGGCCACAGGGAACAAUACGCUCCACGUGACGGGUGACAGUGGCAACAACUCGACCAGGCCAGACUCGUCCGACUCCAACGAGAAGAAAGGGGACAAUGAGCGCUCCUCCAGCCCAGCUUUCGACUCGGACGAAGACUCCACUUCCGUCGUGACCAAAAAGUCUAAACCCAAGUCCAACUCGCACCACCACGGGAAGGCCAAGCGAAGUGGGGGUCGUUCAGAGGCUGGUAGCAAGGUGCCCCCCGUCCCCCCUCCACGAGCCUCCUCCAACCCACCCAACUACAACAAUAAUGCUCCCGCCACCGUCAGAAAUCAACAUCAGUCCUCCUCCUCCAUGGUCAAGCAACCAUUUACGACGACGACGACGGUGGUGCAGCAGCGGGCAGGGUCGAUUAGCCCAUGUGAGGAUUUCCCACCUCCACCCCCAGAACUGCUGGGCACUGAGCAGCAAAAGACGACGCCCUCCAAGAGCAGGGUCCACCAACCCCCGCAGUCACUCCCCAUCUCCAGCAGAGACCGGCGUCCGAGCAGUGCAGCCUCACGACACAGUGGGACAAAUAACAACGGCGGCGGCGGUGGUGGUGGUGGGACGAACGGACCGCUGGAGGAGACAAUAAUACUGAGCAGUAGGAAAGGGUCCACGUCUGGAGCAACAGGGUCAGGUCGGAGUGGGAAAGUGGUGGUGGUGGAGAGAGGCAGUACAAUGAUGACGUCAAAAGAAUGCAGAGUGACGACAGCGGAUUUAGUGAUUGAGGAGAAAGUGGACUCUAAAGAUUCGGGGAUUACAAACGAGUCCUAUGAGCGAACCCCUGGACAAGGAAACUCGUACGAAUCCGUUGUUCUAGUGAGCCCACAAGUCCAUCAUCAACAGACGUUGGUCGCCUCUGGGGGAAGCAAUGCCACGUCGUCGUCCUCAAUGUCGUCCGUGCUUCAACCUUCGACGCGAGACAUUCACGCCAGCAUCCAGCAGCAAUGCUCCAACCUGAGACUGGCUUCCUUGGCCAACUGCAGUGGGGGUGGUGGUGGUGUGGAGGCUAUCACACCCGAGAGCACGAGCACACUCCACGAAACCGUCUUCCUGGGCAAUUCCGCCACCACCACGACCGCAGCAGCCGCAUCUUUGGCUGAGUUCAACAAGGCCAAGUUUUGGAAUUCGUCCCUUCACUCCUCCACAACCACGUUGCGAGGGGAUGGUGGGGACGUGGGCAGUGGGGGAGUGCCCCUCAUGGACGUCGUGGCUUCCAUUCUGGACAGCACCAACAAUCCAAACCUCUCGGUCGAGGACAAGCGCCACUCGGUCCUGUCUUCCUUAAGCUUCCUCGACGGGGCUGACUUUCGCUACAUGGACGAAAGCUCCAUCACCGUUGAGACCCCGACACCACCCUCGUCCGGCAUCUACGAACCAGCCGCCGCACCCCUCGAGCCAAACUGCUGGACACUCCAACUGCAACACUUGGUCCGCCAACUGCUCAUCGCCCAGCAGCAGAACCUGUCCCCACAAACCACGGUUCCCCUCAUUCAACAGCUGCAGCAACAACUGAUCAUCCAACAGCAACAAAUCCUCUUGCAACAAGCCAUGCUCACCCAGCUGCAAAUCCCGCCCGCCCCCGUCGUCCCCACCUCUUCGACGACUCACUCAAUCCUUGACAAUCAACUUGCUGGUCACGGCGGCGGCGGUGGUGGUGCUCAGCCCAAAUGUCUCUGCAGCAUGUCCAAAAGCGGAUCUGCUCAAAGCUUCAAAGUGGGUUCCCAUUCUCACCAGCAGCACAGCUAUUACGCACAGUUGGCGUCGAACGCGGCUUGUGCCACGAAGCAACUGGUGGGCAAUGCUCCUCACGCCAGAGCAGAGGAGUCCAGUCUCUGCAGCGGCUUCCAGCAGUGUUCAAGAUGUUCCACCCCUGCUUUCCAGGAGGAAAUCCCUCUCGAUGACCUUAGGUCUUUGCGCCACUCACACAAUCCUCCCGUUGGAGAUGACAAUAAAAUUGGUGCUAAUGCCACGUCCUCCCUCUCCUCGCAAAUUCCCCACAAAACUACAACGUCCCGUAGAGAAAGCCAAGUCCAAACUUCUCCCAUGGACUCCUCCUCACAAAUACCACGAAUACCUCCUCCACCCCCGCGAAACCAAACCCCCACGACCCCACAACAACACCAGAUGCCCACUGAUCCCUUAUCCCAGCCCGCAGGCAAGCCCACUCCUCUCAAAGCCAGCGGCAGGCCCAAGGGAACCACGCCACACUCCGCAGACGAGGAGAAGAUUUCGGAUGCGGGUGGCGUUUACUGCGGUGGGGCUGACUCGUCUUCCAGCGGUGGCGGUGACAAGCAGGUAGGAGGAGCACCACCACCACAUGCUGUCGUUGCUUCUGCCGCGCCUCCUUCUAGGACAAUAGCUCGACUGGAGUUGGAGGCCAUUGAGACGGUCUCGGUUGGUGGGGCGGUUGCCACGACGAGCACUGGAGGGCGGAGGAGUGGGGGUGGCAGUGGGUGCAUGGACGAGGAGGACAGUGAGCGUGUCGAGCCCACGAAAUCUCGAAGUCUGGUGAAAUCUUUGGGUAAACGGAUCAAGCGGAAGCGUCAGAAGGAGGGGAGGCAAAAGUCCAAGUCUGAGAACAGGGCGCGGAAAGCGUUGCGGACAAUAUCUUUUAUUCUGGGGGCGUUUGUGAUGUGCUGGACCCCAUAUCAUAUCCUGGCCAUGGUGGAAGGCUUCUGUGGAUGCAUCAACAGUCACGUCUACAUGUUUGCCUACUUUCUCUGCUACGCCAACAGUCCAAUCAACCCCGUGAUGUAUGCCCUCUCUGCGCCCAUCUUCAAAAAGACUUUCACUCGCAUCCUCAAGGGUGAUCUGCAUAUGACCUAGUCAACAAACAAAUUAGUCGAUAACCUGUACGCCCAUCAUAACUGCAUACCUGCUGCCAGAUAGAUACUUGUCCGUCGUCUCGUACGUUUCGACAACAACCUCCCCCAUUUGAUUUCCCACCUAUUUACAUAGCUACAUAUUUACUCAGAUACUUAUUACUUUUCCCAACUCUGGUGACAAGAUGACGUUCUCUGAGUGGCAAAAGGUCCCUGGUCAUCGUCGCCUCUUCCCUCCUUCUCCUUCGGGUAACAGAAAACAUGAUCGUGUGGUGGUAGAUUCCAGAGCUGUGCUACUGCAAUUACUCUUACUAAACGUAUCUUACUCCACGUAAGUAAAUAUGUAGGUGAUAUUGCGUACUGAGUGACAUAGUUGUCAACUAAAUAUUUACUACCGUACUCAUCAAGAAAUGUUUAAUAGGCUAAGAAUAAACACAGUCUAUCUACAUAUAUAUUAAAUUAUACAGUCAGUUAAUAUGUACAUGGUCAUAAACAUACUCCGUAAUAAUGUGAGCAUAAUUUAUCUACAAAAAUAGCCUGUACUUACAUGAUUUCCAUGUCGAGUAGGAGAUUUAGCGUGGGAUGAAGUAGAGAAAGUGAUGCACGUGAACGAGAAAGAGAAAAGACACGAGCCCGUCUUUUCUCAUUCUGGGUCAAAGGUGUACAAAUUAUUUAAUAACGUUAAUAAAUAUCAGAAUAUAUACAUACAUUCCACACCUCGUACAUACAUGUGUAAGUACCACAAGAGUCGGGUGCUGAGCAGACAGAGUAAUCCAUAACAAAUUAAGCGAGUAUUAAGGAUAAACGUAUUUAACGACGAGUGGACUGACACGGAGAGGAAAGUCCCUGCUUUUUUUAUGGGUCUGCAAAAUAAUCUCAGCGUGUCUGUAUUUGUUAGCGAAUAGGAUUUAUGUACCUCUUUCUUGUCGUAAUUCUGGGGUGAUUUGAUAACCUGGGUAAGUAGUGGAAACUUAUUUUUUAUGUUGAAGGUGAGCUAGAAAGAAGGAAACUUAUUGUAAAUUAUGGUCGAUCUCCUAUCAAUGUUCCAUCCAUAGCUAGAGUAGCCGAAGCCAAGGAGGAAGCACAUAUUUAUUACGGAAUAUGCCGUGGUGGAGAAAGUAGAGAAAUCCCAGUACUUACUUAAUUCAUUGUUACAUGCAUAUUUCUAUGAACCACUUGUGUAACCCUGUCCGAGUCCUGACGUGCAUUGUACAGGCAAAUAUUUAAGUUCGUCUAGUUCCGUGUAACACAUAUUUAGGCUCAGGUUUGAUCAUAUUCAGCAACGUUCCCCAUUUUCAAAACAUGUGGCGAAUCAACGAGUGUUUAGCUUUUAAUUCGUCUCAUCCUCCAGACCACAACCAAUCGUCAAUGAAGACGGUUUUAUGGUUUUAUAUACUCAUCCUCAUAUUGUCACGUCACUUUACUUGAUUCCUCCCAUUCUGACGUUCUCAUCAGUUUGUUAAGCACCUAUUUGUCCAUGGAUCCCCGGUGGAGGACAUUGUGUGUGUGCCCAGAGGAGGAGAGCAGAAGCUGAACCUGUUCACGAGGAACGUGUGUAAUCUCAUUUUAUUAUUUGUGACUCAGAUGAAAGAUUAGCGUGUAGAGUUUGUGGAUGUUCUUGUUUGACCAGCUUAGCCGUACUAACAUUGUGUAGUUGUUAAAUUUUAUCUAAAUAGUAAACCUGCUUUUACUCUUUUGUGGGUUAAGCCUUUAUAACUUUGGUGGUGGUGACGACUGAGCGUGACGUAAAUACGUGUAGUCUUUGUAGUUAUCUGUUGAUGAGUAGACGUGAAUAUAUUAAAAAACAAAUGCGUGUUAUUGAAGUUCUGUGUCGUGUAACAAAUCCAAAGACAAUAAAAAAAUAUUAUAUGUCUA